AUGCGAGAUCUCCAAUCCCCUCGUCUCCAACUCUUGUUUCGUACUCUAUUCGUCAUCAGUUUAGCCACUCUUCUGAUGAUCCAUGCGUUUGCAUUACAAAGCAAAAGCGAAGCUGAAACCGCAAAAGACGUACAACAACAUCAAGAUGGACCAAGACAUGGCGAUCUUAGCUACGAUCAGCGGCGGAGCCACGUUAAGGGGACGGGGGUCACUUGA